GGUCUGUGCAGGUGGAGUUUGAGCGCUAACGUUAGCAUGAGGCUCUAAAACUGCACAGCGCUGUUGGUUUCUAUUUGAACAAAAAUCCGCUUUAUAUCAGGAACCCGUUUAAAGUUUACGCUUUAAAAAUGACUACCACCACCACCUACAAGGGCAUGGACCCGGACGCGAAGAGCAGCUCCAGAGUGUUGCGUCCACCGGGCGGCGGCUCAAACAUCAGCUUCGGUUCCGAGGAGGAGAAACCUGCUGUCCGCAAAGACAAAAUGGCUUCUAGUAUCUUCGCUGAGCCGGAUGAUCCUCAUGCUCAUCGAAGGAACAACCCACCAGGUGGGAAGCCUACAGGUGUGCUUUGUGGAGAGUCUUCGGCGCCACUCAGGAGGUGUGCACCUCAAGCUGGCAAUCAAAACAACUCCCCACUGGAUGAGCCUUCGUCUGCGAAUGGUGAUGAUAACAUAGUGAAUGCUGCAGAGAGCACAGAUGAUGCAGAGGCCGGUCCAGAGCAGGCGGAACCGGCCGGACCACCGGGAGAAAGACCUCCGGCAGGAGCCCCAUCAGGCCGCAGGAAUCCUCCAGGAGGAAAGUCCUCCCUCAUCCUGGGCUGAACAGUGUCCUCCUCCAGUGCCCAGCAUCCAGAGCCAUGUUCACAAAGUAUCUCUCAGCACUGUUCCUGGGUCAGCUUUGCCUUUGCAGUCCACCAUGACCAAACCCAGUACUGUCUGGGAGGUGGAUUCUGAUCCCAGUUUGUUCUUCUUAUGCAGAUACUUUGUAAAUACAGGCCUAAAUCCUGUUUGCCAACAAUGUUCUCUUGUUUCAUGUUUGUUUGUUUUUCUUUUUAUAUCACCAUGAAAGUAUUCUUUGCUGCAUUUGUGCAAGUCUGAGCAAAUCCUCACCUUCCAAAGUCAUCUCUCUCCCUCUCCCUCCCUGGUGUGGUUUAGUGGGAGCGAUGGUGGUCUGAACUGAAGAUAAUAAGAUGAAGCCUGAUGGUUGUGGGAUAAAUGUGUUUACUUUUCACGGAGAACUUGGUUCUUCAUUGAGAAUCUGAGUCCUCUGCUGAGUUUUAUCUGAAGUUGUAUGCUGUAUGUGAGUUGAGGGCACACGGCAGAUGGUGCAGUUUAAGCUGUCUUGGUCCCGGAAGCCGGCAGUGGAAGGAGUGUGAGGAUUAUUAUUAUUGUUCUGUCUUUCUGUGUAAAUGGAUAAAAUGUUUGUGGUAUGAAUUUCUAAGUACAAUAAACUAUUGUUAUGAA